UCAGUACAGUACAGAUUUCGCAGCCUUGGAUAUAUUUUGAGUGAUAAAAGUUAGCUCUGCUGAAGUAAAGAUAAUGUCGUUGGUUUAUAUUACACAUCACAACGAGAAUAUCUUCGACUUGGAGCGCGAGCCCGAAAAGCCGCAGAAUUUGUUCGCGAACCCUGAUGAUACAGCGAAGAAAGCCGCCAAAUUCUCGAAGGGAUUACGCGAUCGUCUAAACAUGGAGUACAAGAAGCAUUCGAUGCAGGUUCUUGAUGAUGGCGUCCGUUUGCUCUCCGAUGCCAAAAAGUCCCAUCAUCGCACUAUGGGCUGUGCCCAUGUACCGCUCGAUCCGCCGUGCGCUUUCCUGCGCAAGAACCAGGGCGUCAAGUGGCGUCGGGAGAAUAUGCACGUGUGUCCCAAAGGAGAGUCGAUGCCGCCAUUGCCCGAGAUGGGCAAAAAGAUGAAGAAAGCGGAUAUGGUGCCAAAUUUCGUUUUGCGCAACAUAAAGUGUGCACGGAACACAGUGCGCUGUCCGCCGCCACCACGCUACGUGGAUACGCCCGGUGGGACGCGUCAGAAUCUGCUCAACUCGGGCAUGGUGCCCCAGUUUGUGUGCCGCAAGGACUUUGGCCAAGUGCCCGUUUACAUCAAGAAGACGAAGAAAUUGAUGAAUAAAUUGCAUGUCGAUUGCUGCAAGGAGCAGGCGCGUCUCAUGGAGAUCUGCGGUGGCGUGAAGCCAUCAGAUUCGCUAGCAGCUAUAACUCAACCGAUUCGUACCGACAGCACUCCUACAGAAAUGCCUGGCAUGCGCAUCAUGGAUCAAGCGGAGCGUGAUGAAAUCCUUGUGGGUUUGCGGGCCCAUUUGAAUGAGAUGACCAAGUCAUAUCAGUCCAUGUCCUUGCUGAUUGAUAGUGAGAACAAGCGGCAACGCAAGCGCAAACUGGAAAGCGAUUUGCGGCAGGUUGAGCAGGAUAUUCUAAUGCUGGAGACCACUCCCAUUAUCUAUGUUUCAUUGUAUUAAGUUUAAUCCUAAAACACACACACAUACAUUCGCACUAAGUAGAAUACUUUCACACACAGUCACACACAUAAAAAAAGUGUUUAAUAUAAAUUUAACAGGCAUGCUCUAAAUUCCGAAACUUGGUCAAAUCUGCCAGGUCUCAAAAGAGAAUAGCUUAAAAAAUAGGUAUGCCAAAAUAGUAAGUUGCAGAUUUAAUUUGGGAUCGGAAUUUAGAGCAUCACUGUUCAUGUCUAUGCAUCCCACA